AUGUCCUUCUCCUUCUUUUGUCACUUUGUCGCUUCCCUCCCCGCGGCCGAAACGGGCGUGGCUGCCGCAGCCCUUCUCGCCUCUGCAGCCAUGUGCGUCGUCUGUGUCCUCUUGAGCAACUACGAUGGCUUGACUGUCUCCUUCGUCCGGUUCGUCUUCUUCCUCCCGCCUGUGCUCCUCGCCUCCUGGCUAGCCUACAGAAGCCGGACCAUUGAACACCUUCGAGCCGUGUCGAAACUCCAGGAAGCUCUCGAUGAAUUCAAGACGGAGACAGGCUUCACUUCGCUGUCGUGUCCUGUGGCGCCUGCUCCGCCGCCUCGGGCGUCGUCUGUGCCGCGAGGGCCGGGCUCGUCGGCGGUCCUCUCGCACCUUCCCUCGUCGCCCUCUUCAUCGCAGUGCCCUAGCGGGGCCCCCGAGCCUUCCGUCAGCGCCAAAGAUCUCAAAGUCGCGUCUGCGCAUCUUUUUGAAGACGGCGAGGGAUCGAAGGGUGUGCAAUGCUCUUCCAGCGGCAUAGGUGGCGACUACCCGCCAGACUACUCGCGCCUGUCUCCCACGCAGCUGUUUGCAGGCCUUCAGCAUCUCGUCGGAGACGACGCAAACCACGGGUUUCGCCCCUCCUUCUCAGGUGCCGGAGACGCCGAGAGCAAGCGCGGCAGCCACGUCGCGCACCGGCUGCACGAUCCCGAGGGCCUCUUGGCGAGUUCCGCGCCGCGCUUUCUCGCCCGCGCAGGGCGCCGAACCGAAGGCCGCGAGAAGGCCCGAGGCACAGAGGCCGUGCGGAGAGCCGCGGGCGAGAACAUCAGGAACGACGCAGAAGGUGAAGGUGGGGAGGACGGUGCCCCCGAAGACCACCUCCCGGCAGCUUCCCUGGUGGCGGUGCUCCGCGAUUCGCAGUGGCGACGCGUCCCUAGGAAUAUGCUCGCAGCAGGGGAUGUCUUCAAACUCCGGCCAGGCGAUCCUCUCCCCUGCGACUCCGUGCGAGUCAUUCCGGCCUUCCUCGUCUCGCGGCGCGGGCGGCCUGGCGCGAGACAGAAACGCUCGCGGAGACAGGUAUCGCCGUCGCCUUCGGCCGUGUCUCACGGGACAGAGAUGGGCCCUUCGCGUCUUGCAGGUGCCCUUCCCCAGGGGGGCGAUCGCGACCGUCGACUCUUCGCGGUCGUCUUCGCGCCCGUCCCGACGGCCAGGCGCUCUUGCCCCGCUCCCAAGAAGGGCGCAGUGUGGGGCCUCGGACAGCUCCGCUGGACGAAGGCGCUCGCCCCCUCGCUCGCCCUCCUGGCGUUCUCGCCGCGCACCUGCGUCAGGCAAGAAACAGAGACGCCACCGGUCCGCGUCGCCCGCCUACUUUUCCCUCGAGCCCGAUGGCCUUUCAAGACGCGUGAAGGACUCAAGAGGAGCCGUCGCAGCAAGGCCAGAAAGAGGGGAAUGGGAAAGGAGAGAGGAGGAGUGGACGAGAAGCUGGUCGAGAGCCAGAACGUUGUCGGAGGCGAGGAGCGGGAAACGCCGAGAGCGGACGGGGCGCGGGACCGCGUAGAGACACCGGGAGCGUGUGGAGAGGCGCCGAACUCGCCGCCCUUUUCGUCGCUGCCGUCUCUCUUUCGGGGCUUCUUCUCGCGGCCCGGGGACAAAGUCCCCUCCACGGGACCGGCGCGAUGUGGCCCAUCAUCGGCGCCCAGUGGCGACGGCGGAGAGGCGGGACAUGUUGCAGCUCAGAGGCAGUCCGAAGGAAAGAUCGAAAAGGCAGGUGAUGGGAGCGAGGACGAGACGGAGGAAGAGGACGCGUUGAUAGCUGCGUCCGAUGUGGCGCCAGACCUCGCGUCCGGGACAUUCAUCGCACUUCGAACGUCUUGCGUUGGGACGCUGAGGACGUUCCUAGAGGAGAGUCUCCGAAACCCUGCGUCCUCGAAAAGCCGCGCCAAAGUGCCCUUCUUUGAGGCUGCGGACCUCGUCAGUCGACAGGUCGCGUUCCUCUGGCUCGUCGCCUGCGCCCUUUGCAUUUUCUCCGUGAUAUUCUGGGACGUGGUGGCGCGCACGGGGGACGAGGUCGUCCCUCUGAGCCUUCGCGUCGCUCGCUGGCAGCUUCCCAUCAACGUCACGUUUUGCAUGCUAAUGGCGAUCCCUCGAAUUCUGGGAGAGCUGACGGACAUCUGGGGGAAUGCGCGACUCCAGUCUCUGUUCCAGGAGGCGCACUAUCGGGCACGCCAGGACGCAUGCGUGGACGUGGAGGGCGACGGCCGGGUUUGUCGCUCGAUUUCUUCUUCGUCCUGGUCGACAGAUGAUUCCUCCACGGCCUCGUCCGUCUCCUCGACCGUCUCCGUCUCCAAUGUGCCCAUCAGCAAGCAAAUCAAGGAACUCAUUUACAUCUUCAAAAGAGGUCUAGACGGCUCUUCGAAUUUGCUGCACAUCAUGAACAGCACGACUGUGCUCUGCUUCGUCGACAAGGAUGGGAUUCUCGUCGACGCGUGCCGCACGCUCCAGGAGGUUGCCGUCGGCGCUUCAAACACAAUGCACACAUCUGCGGAAGACGCACGAGGUGAUUCAGGACUUGCUGCAUCGCCUCACCUCCACCUGGCCUCUGCGCGACAGCCUGUGGGGCUAAGCGCCCGAGAGGACGAUCUGGAAGAAGAGCGAGAACCGAGUGAAGACGAGCACGAAGCCCGACACCGGCAGCAGGCCGAGGAAGACCAAGAGCAGGAUCUCGAGCAGGAAAUGGAGCAAGAACAGGAACUGGAAAGGGCGGAACAGGCGGACGAACAGGAAGAACACGGCGCAGGCAAUCUGCGCUCGCCGUCGCUCUUCUUCGAAGGAGCAGAAGCCUGCAUGGACGCUGGAUUCUACAGUUUUCUUGAAGUUGGCGAACACGCGGCGCCGUUUACUGUCGUGCGAAAGGCCACAGCGUCUUCUCCUGCGCGGCUGUCGUCGUCGCUCGCCUCCUCCGUUGCCUCGCUUCUUCCGUCUCGCCAGCACAGUCGCAAGAACGAGCAAACGCGAGGACGCAGGGGGGCCUGCGCUGCAGACGAGAGAGUCGCCUUGAGAGGCGAGCGAGACGAAGCCGGAAGAGAAGACGAUCGAGAAGAGGAAGGAAACGAAGAGGGAGAACAAGAAGGAGAACACGGAGACGAAGAGAAAAGGAGACAAGCCGAGGGGAGUAACGAGGGGGAGGAGAGACGCGCGGAUGCAGAGUCCGACUCUUCCGGUGUCGAAGGCGACCCCUUCGGUGUGUUGGAUCUCAGUGAGGACCCUGGCGAGGAAGGCGGCGAAGACUGCAGACGCGAGGAAAGACGAGAAGCAAGAGAAGAAGAGGAACGAAGGGAAGAAGAAGACGCGCUGAGGGAAGAAGAAGAUGCGCUGAGGGAAGAAGAGGACUACACACGCGACAGGCACGCACAAGAGAGAGAAGUCUUGCUGAGGCCGAUAACAGAAUUCAGAAAAGUCGUUCUCGAUCUCAUCAACGACGACGAAUGUGAGGUUGGCCUCCGAUUCGAAAAUGAUUCAUGGAUCGAAUACACCACACAGCUCAAACCACUUGCACUCGCCAUGGCCCUUACUCAGCUCCCGCGCCCUCCGCGAAAGAGUGUCGCCGACCCAAGUUGGCUCUUCUCCCUUUACGUUCAAGACGUCGUUCUUCCUCAUCCCGACCGCCCAGGUGCUCACGAAGAACUCCUCGACUGUCAGUGCAGUCUGGCGAAGAUCGUGGGGUUUUCCGACACGUUCCUUCACAAAUUUCUUCCUCUCAGAUUUGUUCUCGCCGUCAAGGCGUCUCUGCCUCACCGCCGUUCGUCUUUGCACUCGCGGCCAUCGUCGUCUUCACGUCUUUGUCUAUCCGAAGGCAUCCCCGAUGAUCCGCCAAGGCAGACGCGCGAAAAGGAAGAACGAGAGCGCCCGAACCGAGCGAGAGGCAGAGCGUCGGCCGGCGUGGGAGAUGAAGCGGAAGAAACACACGGAGACGAAGGGAGAGAAGAGGACGAAUACGGGGCAAGAAGCGAGACGUCCAGGGAGAAGGACAGGGCGACGGAGAGGAAGGAACCGUGGGGGGAAACCGAAGAGGUAGAUGAUCCGGGGAGAGAAGAGAGAAUGGACGAAGGGACGCUGCGAACGCUGAACGCAGAGAAGACGAGGACCAGCGCGUUUACGCUGAGGCGAGUGACGUGGGCAGACGCGCGCGCCGCCCGCCAGAGAGCAGGGAAAACGCAUCGGGGACCGCCCCCAAGGCCCAUCGCCCAAGCAGACAGCGAAGGCGCUUCAGCGAGACCCGACCGUCCACUCCGUACCCAGGCCUCCGCCGCGGGCCACGGCGGCUCGCUUUUGUCGGGUGGCGAGCGGCGCGCUUCCGCCGCGAAACGGAGACAGCUCGAGGCAGGAGACAGAACUGUAGACGAGGGCGCAGGCGCCGAUAUCAGCGAAGCCGAGGGAGAACGGGACGUUUUUGUCCCUUUUUUCCGCGUCUUCGCCAACCACGAGAGCCAGCCCAGAGACGACCUCCGCUCGUCCUUCUCCAGUUCAGAGGCGAGCGGGAGGGGUCGGGCCGUUGCGCGCACUCCUCCGCACGACGGGCGCAAAAACAGCUCAAAGGAACGCGCGCGACGCCGAGACGAAAGAGGCGACACACACCGAGAUGCCACAGAGCGCGGCGAAGGAGAAGAGACAGAGACAGACGAAAGAGAAGAGACGGAGAGAGACGAAAGAGAAGAGACGGAGAGAGACGAAAGAGAAGAGACAGAGCGAGACGAAAGAGAAGAGACGGAGAGAGACGAAAGAGAAGAGACAGAGCGAGACGAAAGAGAAGAGACAGAGCGAGACGAAAGAGAAGAGACGGAGAGAGACGAAAGAGAAGAGACAGAGCGAGACGAAAGAGACGAUACAGAGCGCGAAGACGAGGAGGGGAAGUGGGAGAGAGAAGGCGACGACGAGAGACAAAGUGACAACGCGAGACAGGAAAGAGAGGGAAGCGUCGACAGAGAGGCAUUGCCGAGCGACUGCGAAGAGAGUGACGUCCACAGAGAAAGUUCAUGGGCACGUGCAAGUGACGGGGAUGCUCUCAUGCUCUGGGUUGUUCGCGAUGUCGCCAGCAAAGUCGCCCACCUCUUCGUUAAGGGCGUCCCGUCGCUUCUUCUGCCCCGAGUCCAGUUCUACCUCGACGGCCAGCAACUGCUCCCGUUUGACGCGAGCGCUGCGCAUUCCCUCUUAGAACUCAACAACCAGUGGCUUUCAAGUGGUCUGGACGCCAUCGCGUUCGGGUACAGGCCGCUUCAGCUCGACCAGGAAGAAGCCCUCUUGGCUGUGUUGCACGAGAGAUCGCUGUUUUCUCUCUGUUCCUCGCCGGGGUUGCCUCCGCCGCCUCGCGCGUGCGUCAGCCGCGUUGCGCAGAGCCGAGACGCAGAGACCGACGCGCCGCAGGACGACGCGUGUCGCGACGCGCGGGAAGACGGCCCCGCGCACCCGAACAAAAAGGGAAAAUUCGAGCCGCGCCCCUCCCCGUCUUUCGUCACACCUCAAACGACGGACGACGAACGCGAGGCAGAAGAACGCAGCGGCGCAGAGGAAAGAGAAGCUGGCGAAAGCGAAAGGGAAGGAGACGAAGCAGAGGGCGAGGAUGGCGUGUGUGGCCGCGAACGCUGGAUUUCGGUCCCCUGUCACGUGGGCGAGAUUAGCGCGAUGGGAACAGUUGCUCCCCUGCCUCGCUUUUCUUUCCAUGAGGCGUCCAGCCUGUGCCUCUCACGCGCACACGGCACGCGACGCAGGUUCCAGUCUCUCCAAGGCACGCGAGGAGAGAGAGAUCGCAACCCAGAGGCCGGCGAGAUCCAGAGCGGGCUGGCGCGAGGCGACGCACGACGGUGCGUGUGGAGCGAAGCGCACGACACGAGACAAAACAGCCCUCGAGAAACGUAUGAGGCUCUGCGAGCGUCUCUCCGUUCCAGGACUGGACACAGCGCUGAAGAGAGAGAGUCCGAGACCGCGCGACAGGAAGAGCCGCGAGGAGGCGGGGAAACCGAGUCCUCCCACAAGGAGGCGGCGAGGGCUUGGCGCGAACCGCGCACGCGGGGACGGGACGACGAGACGCGCUUCGCAGCGCCUGUGAGCCGCGAGUCUCCGCUCCAACCCAGAGCAGAACCCAGCAAAGACGAACACCCCGUGGACUUCUCAAACCUUCGAGCAAGGCCGAACAACGCGCUGCCGAAGACAGUGCUUGUGGAGGAGGGAGCGUGGCGAGGGGAGGCGGGCCGAAGGCUGCGCGAGGACGCCCACCGCUGGGGCAUGUCGGACGACACUACGGACAGCGACAGAGUCACUCUUCCCAGGACGCCGAUUGGGUUUCUUCCCGUAGAGAAGGAAGAGGCCGACGCGUCGCCGCCCUCACCCCGUGAGGCCGGCCAGGAAGACGCCUGCGAAGAAGACCCGUUUCCGGCGUUUUUUCUCUCGUUGAAAGAAGACGAAGGUGGCGAGCUCCUGCGAAGACUGCAGAGUCACCUGAUCUUCCUCGGCAUGGGUGCCAGCAAGCAACUCUGUGCGAAGGAAGUGGCCGCACGGAUCCAGGAUCUCCACGAGGCAGGAAUUCGCUUUGUCUUCUUCUCUUCCCAAGACGAAAAGCGCACUCGCGCGCUCGGCGCUGCAUUCGGCCUGGAGACAGGGUGGAACUGCAUCAUCUCACUUCAGCCGUCGUCGGCCGGCGACACCUACGUCAACAUGGACGGGAAAAUCGUGCUGCCUUCCGGCAUUACGGCUAUUCGCCAACAUGUGGAGGAAGUCGACAACGUCCCGCUUCAGGUUUCCCUCUUCUGCAACUCCACACCAGACACCGUCCAGGAGAUGAUGCAGGUUCUCCAAGAAAACAACGAAGUGAUGACAUGCGUAGGCAGUUGCUUGCGAAUGAGCAACUUUCCUCUCUUUGAGCAGGCGAACGCUUCAAUCGCCACCUUCGUCGCCCCCGACGCUCGUUGCAGGGCUUGUGGGGGCCGUUGGUCUCCCGUCGCCUGCAACAGUUCGCUUCCAACUCUCAAUCCAGCUCUCGCUUUCGCCGCCGAUUUGAACUCGCUCCCCUGCGCUCUGCAGCAAAGCAACUACCCAGUUGCCGACCCCCAUGUGACAAUGGCUGUGAUCUACGAGGCGUUUCGCGAGUCUCGGCGCAUCGUCGAUUCGAUCCAGCAGUCCCUCACCUUGUGCCUCUCUUCCUCGAUCUUCCUUUCGCUCUUCUUUCUCUUCAACGCCUUCGCGCUCGUCCCGAACCUUCUCGACGUCGUUUCGCUCCUACUCUUUCUGCUCCUGUUCAUUCCGCUUCUCUCCCUCGCUCUUCUUCUGAAUCCGAAAACCGACAAGCUCAUGAAGGAGUACCCCUACAAGCCGAUGGACCCCACGCAGACGCGGCGGCAACUGCUCGUCGUCUUUACACACUUUGCUGUUCGUCUGGUCCCGUCGGUGAUUGUCAUCUCUGCCGUCACGCUCGGGUACAUGUUCGACGUGGGCAACGACCUGUAUCGCCAGCUUCACAGGGAGCUCGAGAUCCGAAGCGCUACUGACGCGUCUUUUCUCUCGAUCGCGCCUCUGCAUGCGGCCUCGCCAUCCCUGCCGGAAGAGCCGAGAGGCAGGCGCCUCGCAGGCGUCGAAGUUCUCGCCCUACGAGAGACGGAGGCUGUGCGUGAAAGCGGCCCAGGCGAACCACGCGCCGGAGUCACGCUGGCCACAGGCGACGGAAACCGCCAAGGCGAGGCCGACAGCAACGCGGUGAGAGGAGUCGACACAGGCCAUGCGAGACAGGGGCGACUUGCGGAGGUCCAAGGGAAGACGCCCGGCGAGCUCCUCGAACACCUCGAACGCAAAUGCAGUCACUUUCGCUUCGGAAGCUCGUGGCUCUCGGGCAAGUGGCUAGCCUGCGGCGAAGCGAUGAGGGAAACAGGCGCUGCGCUGGGCGAAUCCUGCUUGGUUCGCGCCACAGCCACGCCUCUUGUGUUAGGCGAGCUGUUUUGCUUCACACUCGUCGGCGUCACCCUCAUGCUUCUGUCCAUGUCCUAUAUCGACCGAUUCGAGAGUCUCCUCGCUAUCCCGCCGCUCCGCAAUCGCUGGUGGCUGGCCAGCUGUGCUCUGCUGACAGGCAUUAUCGUCUUGACUGUAGCCACGCGAGUGACCCUCCAUCGCAGGUUCCUUGAUUCUGCCGCGUGCCAAGAUCAAGGAAACGCGGAGGUUUCUCCCGCCCUCGCUGCCUCCUCCCCCGCCUUCGACGCAAUGUCGCUGGCGCAUCUCGGCUCUGUCCGACACGCGUCUCGCAGGGAAGAGAGACAGAACGCAGCCGACGCCGGAGACCUGCAGAACGGCGGGGGCAGUGCACGGGAACGCGUCAGGGCGCAGGCGGGACACACACCAGACGUGCGCGGUCAGGACGAGCCCGCCAGCGUCCAGGCGACAGCCAAGUGCAAGGAGUGCGCCGCUUUCAUCUGGCCUCACUGGAGCCUGUGCGUGAUCGCGGGAUUUCUUUGGAUUUUCGUCGUCAUCGUCGACGAGCUAGUGAAGAGGGUUGAACGCCAGAGACACGAACAACACCAAAAGUACCUCAAGGUGCUCUUCGCCACGCGUCUGGGCAUGUGGAGUCCCAAGUAG